UUUAAUUGCAUAUGAAAAGCUUUUGUAAUGAAAGUAUUAUCUAUGAUAUAUAAUGUUAUCAGUGCAUUAUAUUUAUUGUUUAGAUACUCUUUUCAUGUAUUACUAGAGUUAGUUAAGUGGUUAGUUUGGCUUCCAAUACUUGCAUCAUGUCUUUCUACUGAUAUAGAUGAUAUUUGAUAUGCUGAACAGUUAAAGGAUAUGGCUGAAAGGCUGCCUGUGGGGGCUCCAUGGAACAUCAAAUGGCCUGCAUUUACUUCGUUUGGCUCCAGCCCUGCUCCCAAUGAUGUCUCUAGUGUUUCAAUUGGCAGAUUGAAUGGUCAAAUUGUUUGCCAAGAACCAGAUUCAAAUAUAUCAAGCAGCCCGUUGCUUUCUAAUGGGUCCAACACUGCCUGUAAUCGUGGUUCAGGCCAUAACAAACAAGGCCAUAUUGAAUCAGCAACUAAAAGUGGAGGCAGAACAAAAGAAGGUGAAUCUCGAAAUGAGAAUGAGUGGGUUGAGCAAAAUGAACCUGGUGUGUAUAUAACACUUACCUCGCUACCAGGAGGUGCCAAGGAUCUCAAGGGAGUUCGCUUCAGUCGGAAGCGGUUUAGUGAGAAACAAGCUGAACAGUGGUGGGCAGAUAAUAGAGCAAAAGUAUAUGAGCAAUACAAUAUUCGCAUGAUUGACAAGUCUAGUUUUGGUAUUGGGAGUGAGGACUCGGCUCAUUAACACAGUGAAACAACUAUAUGUACAUGUAAUAGUCUUUUCAAGAUUUCUAUCCCAAUUGUUGGGAUCUCAUUUGAUCAAUUAUAUUCGGCUUUCCAUCGUUCAUGGAGAGUUGAGGGAAGCAGAAAUGGUACUAAGGAGACAA